AUGAAUUCCAGAAAAUCAUCUACCUCAACUUUAGAUUCAGAGAAAACUUCGCCAAGAUUAUAGAAUAUUAGAUUGAAACCUAUAAAAUUUAUUGGUUCAGAGUUUAUGAAUAAUUUAUUUAAGAAACCAAAAGAAUAAGAGAUUUUUCCAACAUAAAUAAAUUCAGAUUCAGAUUCAUCAGGGUCUGAACAUGAUGUAUUCGAUAAUGAUGAGAUAUUAUUGAAAGGAAUUCAUUUAGGUGAUUAUGAUAAAUUGUCUCCGACUGAUUAAUUACAAAUGCUUUAUAAAAUAAGAUUUGAGACUUAUCCAAAUAAAAGAGAGUAUAUUUCUGAAGAAGAAUUAGCAUUAGAAACACAGAAGUUAGUAAAUAAGAUAAAGCUUCAUUACUAUAAAUUUAAAAAAAUAUUACCAUUAUAAAAUUUGCCAGAUUUUUCUUAAAAAUAUGAUAUAGGUUAAGAUUAAAAUUAUGAUAAAUAUUGGGAAUAUUUUAGAAAUCGAAAUAAUCAUAGGAAACAUAAAUAAAUAAUUAGCCACUAAAAGAAAAAGAGUGAACCAAAUAAUCCUGUUUUGAGAUCAAACAGUAGGAUACGUACCGAAUGUAGAAUAAGAACUUUAGCUCAUAAAAGAUGAUCCC